UGCUAUAAUACAAAUUUGUCAAGAAAACAAUCGAGUUAAUUUAAAUAAAUAAGAAAAUAUAAUUUUUUUAAACUGUUUUAUAUCAUUGAAAGUAACAUUUAAAGAAUUGCUAUUAAAAAAUUCAAAACAAAGAUGAAUCACCUCCCAGAAGAUGUUAUAAUUAUGAUCUUUGAAUAUUUAGAUAAUGACUCAAUGUUAAGUGUUAUACAGGCUUCGACAUUUUUUGCCAACAUUUUCUCAUCUUCAUCGAAACUUUUGCUAAAAUUCAACUUAUUUAUUUAUCCAGAAAAUAUAAAUCAACUUUUACAAAACGAGCCAAUCGCUAAUAUCUCAUUUAAAAAUGUCACUUUGUUCAGCUUUACGGUUGACAGUUCAACUAAGUUGCAUGAAUUGUUUAAAAUGUUUAACUUUUCGAUAGAAAUUUUGAAACUUCAAAAUGUAACUUUUAAUAGUUUUGAGAAUUUUGCUCAAACAUUCUUACCAAUGCUGAGUCUUAAAUCGCUCCAUUUGGAAAAAUGUUCAAUUGGUGGUAAAAUAAUCAGGUCACUGCCACCCAUUCAGACACUAAAGUCAAUAAUAUUCGAUGAAUGUCGUGGAAAUUUAUUCAAAUAUUUCAAAAAUCAACGCUCAGUUGAAAAAAUUGGCAUUUGCAGACAUAAGUGGACUUCCAUAGCAUUCUCAAUUACUGAUUUUAAUAAAAUGGCUUCAAAUUUACCAAGUCUUAGUCAUCUUGUCAUGGAUGGAACUGGAACUUCUGGCUACUUUGAUUGUGGACAAUUUCCAUUUAAAAUUCAAAAAUUGGAAGCUUUUUUGAUGACUUUUAAUUGGACACAGACAAUUCCACGAUUAGACUUUUUAAAGUCACAGCAAGGAUAUUUAAAGGAAUUGACCAUCCACAAGCUGCCUUAUGAUUACGAUGGUGGGGAAAUGAUUAAGUUUAUCAUUGAGGAAAUGAAAUUGGAAAAGUUUAACUUUGGACAGAUUCCGUUGAUUUUGAAUGGAAGAAAGCAAGAUGUUAAGGAAUUAACAGCAUGGGAAGUGAAUAUAACUGCUGCAUUUGAGAUUUUCAGGCAAUUUCCAUCAAUUCAAUCAUUUACCUUGUUCCUCACUCAAACUCACCUUAAUCAGUCAAAAAUAAAUGACAUUGUCAAACCUCGCACCGAUAUAUUUCAAAACCUUAAAAACCUGGACAUUCUUGAUCACAGUGGAUCUUAUAGUCAUCCAACUAAGUUCAUUGGUCUAUACAAGAAUUGCAAGAACAUUACAAGAUUGUCGCUAAGGACCAAUAACAAUGUUAAUGACAUUCUGACCGAGUGUCUUUCAUAUUUUACAAAUUUGAACGAAAUUUACUUGACGACUGGAAAGGACAAAUCAAAAGAAAGUUUAAAAAUUAUCAAGAAUCUAGCACCAAAUUUGAAGAAGCUGAGUGUCGCGAAGGAAGUUGUGAAUGAUGCUAAGAAUAUGUUUGGAAAGGAUGUUGAAAUUAUUGAAAUAUGACGUCCGUCAAAAAAUGUAUUUUUUUAAACCCCCUCAACUGUCGUGUCACAAAAUUUAAAUAAGAAAAUUUUUCUUUUUUCAGAAAAUCCAAGAUGCCCUUCUCUAAAUCUUGGACGUCAUAAUUGAUCGACCCCUUAAAAAAUUUUCUUUGAUGCUUGUAUUUAUUGUGCUUGUAUUAGUCAUUGUAGAUAACAGUCCACA